GCUUCUGUCGCCAUCGUGUGGACGUUUAAGUGUACAGCACCAAUGACGUCUCGGCAUAUUGACGACUGUCAUGGCGGCGCCCUUGAGACUCAUAUCCAGGUUGGCUGUUGUCACAGGAGGGGGCAGCGGUAUUGGUCGGGCCGUCUGCCAGCGCUUCGCUGCGGAGGGAGCGUCGGUGGUGGUCGCCGAUGUCAACGAGGACUCAGCCAAUCAGACGCUGGCGAGCCUGCCGGGGGGCCACCGAGGCCAGGAGCACCUGGCGGUGGGAGUGGAGGUGUCCUCCAGGGAGAGCGUGGAGAGGCUGGUCACUGCCAUACAGUGUCGGUACUUCCAGCCCCCUUCCGUGUGUGUCAGUGCUGCGGGGAUCACUCGGGACGAGUUCAUGCUGAAAAUGGAGGAGGACGACUUUGACAGGGUCAUCCAGGUCAACCUGAAGGGUACCUUCCUUGUCACACAGGCCGUCUCUAAGGCCCUGGUUGCCAGUGGAUCCCCCAAAGGGUCCAUCAUCACUGUGGGCAGCAUUGUGGGCAAGGUGGGGAACAUUGGGCAGGUGAACUACUCCGCCUCCAAAGCUGGAGUGGAGGGGUUAACAAGAACUGCAGCCAAGGAGCUGAGCAGGUUUGGGAUUCGCUGUAAUUGUGUGCUUCCUGGGUUCAUAGCCACGCCGAUGACCGAUGCAGUACCUGAGAAAGUGAUCAGUAAGAUGACCUCCCUGAUACCGCUGGGGAGAAUGGGACAACCUGCAGAGGUAGCAGACGCGUGUGCUUUCCUGGCCUCUGAUGACAGCCGAUACAUCACUGGAGUCAGCAUCGAAGUCACAGGAGGCCUCUUCAUUGGCUGAAGAGAGGUUCCCUUUGUGAAGACCAGUCAGACGCUGGCUCAUGAUCCUCAGUGCCUUUGCCCGUCAGUAACAGGUCUGACCACAUCUGACUCCUCCCCCCUCCCCUCUUUGUAAAUUGUGUAAAAACCAAUCUGUACAGGGCAGUGUGUUGCAAAUUAAAGUCUUUAUAUUUGUAA